AUGCAGUCGGGGGAGGAGGAGGAGGAGCGGGCGGCGGCCUCGUCCGCCCAGCAGCCGAGCACCGCCACCACGGCGGCGCCAGCGGGCCAGUACCCGGCGACCAAUCCGUUCUCGUCGUCGUCAGCCGCCGCAGCCAAGAUUUCCUUCUCCAGCUUCAAGCAGGGCUUCACCAGCACCACAAACUACCUCCGGCGGCGCUUCUCGUCGGGCGACCUCUCCGGGGAGCUCGACGACCAGCCCGGGGCCGCCGGCGAUGCGCCCGCCGCCGGAGCAGCGGGGGGCGCCUCCGCCACGGCGGCCAGCGCCGGGAAUGCGGGCACCGCACAGCCCGGGGACACCGACCUCUCCCUCAACCUGCGCCCGAGCUCGGCCACGAGCGCGCCCAGCUCGCCGGCGCGCAGCGGGGUCAGCUCGUUGCUGUCGCGCGGCGCCUCGCUGACCGGCCGUGUGGUGGGCGGAGGUGGAUCGGGCGGAAGCACGGUCGUCGGACCCGGCAAGGAGCGGCAGCUCACGUUGCUCGUGGUGGACGACGCGCACACCGACUGGGCCAAGCACUUCCGCGGCCGCAAGGUGCACGGCGAGUGGGACGUGCGCGUCGAGCAAGCAGAAUUCAAGGACCUCAGCAUAUGGGCCAGUUCAGAGGCGGGCGCCACCGUCAGCAUGGCGGCCAUGAGGCAGGGAACCAAGGUGGUCCGCUCGUUCCGGCCGGACAUGGUGCUGGUGCGGCAGCACGUGCGCGACGGCAGCCGCGACAACCGGCCCUUCCUGCUGUGCCUGCGGCUCGGGGGCGUGCCGGCGGUCAACUCGCUGCACAGCCUGUACAACUUCCAGGACAAGCCGUGGGUGUUCGCCCAGCUGCAGGGCGCCCAGCGGCGCCUGGGCCGCGAACAGUUUCCCCUCGUGGAGCAGAGCUUCUUCCCCAACCACGCCGACAUGCUGGCGGCGUCCAAGUUCCCCUGCGUGGUGAAGGUGGGCCACGCGCACGGCGGACUGGGCAAGGUGCGCGUCCAGAGCCAGCAGGAGCUGCAGGACGUGGCCGGCCUGGUGGCGCUCUCGGGCGACUACUGCGUCGUCGAACCGUUCGUCGAGGCCAAGUGCGACCUGCACAUCCAGAAGAUCGGCUCCGCCUACAAGUGCUUUGUGCGCAAGAGCAUCAGCGGACACUGGAAGGCCAACGUGGGAUCGGCCAUGCUCGAGCAGGUUCCCCUCGCCGACCGGCACCGGCUGUGGGUGGACACGGUGUCCGAGCUGUUCGGCGGCCUCGACAUCUGCGCCGUCGAGGCCAUACAGGCCAAGGACGGCAGGGAGUUCAUCACCGAGGCCAACGACUCGGCCAUGCAGCUACUGGGCGAGAGCCAGGAGGAAGACCGGCGCUUUAUCGCUGACUUGGUGCUCCAGCGGAUGCAGCAGUACUGCCGGCCGCCGCCCCAGCAGAUGGGCGGCGGCGCUGCGCCCGUACCCGUACCCGCCGCAGCAGUACCCGCCGCGGUGCCCCCUGCAGCAGCAGCAGCCGCCACACAGGAACCGCGGGCCGCCAACACGCGGCCACGGCGGGAGAGCCAGACGAGCGAGAAGGGCGAGGACCCGGACGACACCAUGAGGAACCUGCGCAAGACCUUCGCCGGUGUUUUCGGAGACAUGUAGGCGGAUGCAGACGACACAACGCGUCCCCCUCGCCGCCGCCGCAGCAGCAGCAGACGGCGCACAUCUCCAGCAAGCAAGCAGGCACAGGGGGCGCAACCCGCUUAGCCGUAGCUCAUCGUGUACUAGAAAAUGCUGCAGGGCAACCUCGAUGAUGACGCCGAGUCCCCACGGGGCGACGGCGAGCAAAAAGAGACGCGCUAGCCCGUCACGCACCGAGGUCCUCCCGAGAGCCCAGACUCGCCUCACUGUCGUGGGAAACAUCGCACUUAGGCCGGGCAAAAAGCAUUCCCUCGCCGUUGAGCCUAGUGGGGAAAAUCACGAACCGACGAUACCUUUUGUGUCUUACGAGAGCCUUUCAACACCGCCUUCCGAUUUUUGAAAAAAAGAAAAGAAUGAAUAAGAUAUCGUACGUAACGUGCCACAGAUUGCACACCUACCGAAUGCGACCGAACACGAGCAGACAUAAUAAGAGAAGGCGGGCGCAUGCCGCGGAAACCUGGUUACCUUAGGUUUCGCACACCGCCAGGGUGAAAGUGACAGUGGCGCAGCCAGAAAUUUUUCCCGGGCGGAGGCACCAAUAUCACCGGGGACGGAGAGGGUAAGGCAAAAUAAGAGCGUGGGGAGUGUCCGGUGUGACACUGCAUGGCUCCAAUACUGGAAAGUGGCAGUGUUAUUGUCAGAAGAUUUGUGCGAGCGCUAUGUCAGCGUCAUGACACAAAGUCUAUAGUUGCGUUUAACCAACGGAUCCGUCCUCCAUUCGGCAAGCCUUCGUUUUACUGAUGAGUGGUGCUUUCUUCUGCGGCCUUACGUUAGCCGCCGAAACGCGAAUGAUGAACCCAGCAAGCCCAAACAGUAGCACUAUCUGAAUUUGUUUCCGACAAUCAGCUACAGGUAGGCCUAGAAGGCCUUGGAAGAGCACAUCCGGUCAGAAGGCCCUUAGAAACUACGCAACUUAACCACGUAUGUUUGGUUACGUUGGUUGAGCGAAUGAACACUUGUAUUUUAGGAAGAUGAUGUCACACUGGAAGGUCAGGCCAUGGAAACGCACGAGCAAUCUGAUUUACACAGUCGACUCCCGUUGAUUACACCUUUGUGGGAUCGCAAGGGUCGGUCGAAUUAACAAACGGCGGCAAAAUGAACUAAUUCAAUUUUUUUUAUACGACAGCGUCAAAUGACUCACUGAGUGAAAAAGCCAACGUCUGUCAUCUGCAGCAGUGAAACGGCAAAUAGAUUUCUAUUGGCUGCGACGCCACGCCACGAGCGCGCCUCGAUAGAGCAGAGCGGGCGAAACGGCAUACGUGCUGCAGCCGUAGCGCGCCAGGUGUUCGUGAUGGGAGAGGGCAUCACCGCGACGGCACGUCGCCCUCGCAGGCCUGCGUUAUCCGCGCGUUUCUUUUCCGCGCAAGCUCUCGCCCGAGUUCUAACUGCGCCUCGGUAAGGCCGAAUGAAAACGCGCCAAGCGUCUCAACGCGUCGCUUGCCCGCGGGGAGUCCACAACUCGAAGGACCGCUCAGCGGCGUUCAAUUGGACAUUAAUGCUUUCGUAUUCACAACUCCUAAGGAGUGCUUAGGUAUCCUCAAAUUUCAUUUUUUUUCUUUUCUUUUUCUAUUAUUAUUAUUAUUUUUUUGUAGCUCGUCGUCGUCGGUAAGCGGUCCGCAUUACUCAACGCAGCAGUCGGAGCUGACAAAGACCCCAAAAGAGAUAUCGCCCAGGGCGCAGCGCAAGUCGUCAUCACUGCAGGACAGGUUACUGCCGUCACCGUCGCCGCCUAGGGAAACAGUAACGUCGUCUGCUGAAUUUCUUGUUUUCCAGCUUUUAGUGAACGCGGCACGCAUGAGAGGGCGCCGGUGGCAGUUUGUCGGCUCGAAUUAGCCGAAGCGGCAUCCUUUCGCGUUCGAACUAGACGUUUCCUUCCGUAGCAGUGUAUGGCUUCCCGCCGGCACUUCCCAGUGCGUUCGAAUCGAGCGAAAAUACGAAUUUGCCAAGGUCGAAUUAACGGAAGUCGACUGUACAAGGACUGAUGGUUCUAGGCCUAUGGCCGGAUACACUGCAUCUUCUUUGACGUCGUGAGGAGUGCUCUUACAUUUUACGUGACGUAACCGCCCAGUGCAGCUGUUGUUCACAAAAUAGCCGCCAGAUAUGCUCUUUCAUGCAAACGGCUUUACGUAGGUGCCCUCGUGUGUUUGAGUCAUAUCUGAUGUGAACGGCUUCUUCGCGCUUAAGAGCCCCUGUAGCUUUCUACACAGACCCUUCACGGGAAGCUCAAGGCUUAUCAGGGGGAAAACGCGGAGAGCUAUAGUGAUGCAUGUCUGCCUUAGUUGGCAAUUGAGGGAUAAUGGACACUGUCGAUCACUGACGACGCCGAUUAAGCGCCUGGGACGCACAAACCUUAGAACAGUUGCGGUGUAUAGUUACAAAGCAUGCGUCCUUCAGAGUCGGGAAGGCAAUCCGUCUCUCCGUGUCCGGGGAGCAUCACAGACGCGCUAUGGAAAGCACGAAAUCAGAGUUGACAACGAGAGCGAUAACACGGUCACCCAGCGGCGCGACACAGGUGUACGCUUGAGUCUAUGCACGAAAUAUUCACAAUUUUCGCUGUUUCGAGAAGUACGACACCCAUAAAUGUUCAAACUCUGGGAGAAGUGUCGUAGACAGAAUUUUUUGCGGAGGGAGGGAGGGAGGGAGGGAGGGGGGGGAGGGUUACGCCGCAUGAGUCGGUGAGCACUCAUAAACGUAAAGAUAGGCGACCAGUUUCCGAAAGCGAUAUUUCUUAGUUCCGCCAAGAUGCGCGACAGCACAAAUACAAGCAGACUGUCGAAGUGAUGAAGGCAGAAAAUUUCAUUCUUGUGUCAAGGUGCGAGCUGGAGCACGCUAAUAUCAGUCCAUAGCAGUCUCGCAUGGCCAGAAAAAGAACUUGCUGCUGCCCAAGUUGAGGUACAUAUAAAGAAAUAAUAGCGUGUUCUGAAACAGCCGCACAGAAAAGAACUGCACGGUAAGCGCCACCUUCAGUGUGGUUACGUUCCGGCCAGUGUGGUUACGUUCCAGCCAUGGUUUGAUAAGGUGGCCCCUUUUAGUCGUACCAGCAACAGGCUUCGGAAGACGUUCACAGAUAUGCAACUUUGGCCUCGCUUUCCGAUUCAUUACGAUAUUAAAGGGACACUAAAGUGAAAAAUGAUUUCUUCUGCAUCAGUAAAUUACCUUUCUACAACACCAAAAACACCAUUCUUACAACGAUAAGACGUUUGGCAAGCCAGAAAAAGCGCAAGAACGAAAUACGGGUGGCGACGCCUACUUAAGUUCCCGCACCUGGUGGCUGUGACGUCAUGGAUUUUUAUGGCAUCUUCUAGAGCCUACUCAUUAUAUAUAGCUAUACAUAUUGACUGCAUUGUGUUCUAAAGGAACCAAAUAUUAAACAUGGCAAGUUUCGGGAACCUUUACUCAGCCAACGCAGCCCAAAUGCGAAUACAUAAUUUGGAAUCCCUGACGUCACGCUGACGUACCGGCGCUGGGGUUUCGGCGCGAAAUUCAAAUACUGAUACUUGGACCUUCAUUUUCUCAUCUAAUAAUCAAACAAUUUUUUUGAAAUGACUGCCUGCAGGGUUCUGAAACAAUGCUUCAUUAGACUAAACUGAUUUAUUGUUUCGCUUUAGUGUCCCUUUAAAGAGCGCGAGAAAAAAAAGAAUAUGAAUAGGUGCACAUAAUGUGGCGAAGAUUCCGCACAUGUUCUGUAACGGCGAGUCGAGAGCUCUGCUGGCGCUUGGCGUCCUCAUACGAGCUCUACCGCGAAAAUCCCGAACCUACACCUACAACGUCACGCGUGGUUCUCGUGGGGAGCUCGCGCAUAUCACCGAGGUUCCCCUGCAUUGCCCUCUUGUGGCGAGAAAAACGUGAUGGUGAUGCAGUUCUUUGUUAACGUCGUUGUUAUUAAAAGACGCGGCUGACCGACAAUAUAUAGGCGCAUCGUGGCCAACGGCGGAGUCGCAUAGGCGGUCGCUCUCUUCGUUCGUGAAGAACAGCGCGCACUGAACACGCCAGCUAAAGAGGAGACAUCGAGAUAGGGCGCCUUUUCGUUCGUCUGUUGCACUCGUGCUAUUAGCCAUGAAUUCCUACUAGCUCGCAUCAUCUUGGUGAUAGCCAUGUUCGCGAUGCAUUCAAGCUGUACCUGCUCCAGCUUUGUUAGGCCCGAUUACUUGCGACGCUUUUACUUUCUGUUACGCACGGUCAUCGUUACGCCUGUUCAGUUUAGACCCCAUGCGAAACACUGGGUGCGAGCAGCUCAUUUUGUGCGAGUUAAUGGACCGCCUCGGUAUUUCCCAAAGUGCACAUACUGUCCGAUGAAAUGCAUUCACCAUACUUCAGCGCAGAGUUAAGGUACUACACGUUGAACUCCACUUCACUGAAGUAGAGGGGAUCUCUCGAGUAAGAAAUGGGAGAGCUUCCAGGACUACUUUUAGUGUAGGACUAGCAUUCGUUCCGUCAUUCGCUGGCGAGCGAGUCAAGCGGUCCGCCGAAAUGAGGAAAAUUUUGUGUGAAUUUGCAUUUUUGCAAGAUUGAAGACAACACUUACUUGGCGCACACAGCUGCACGUUACAUUUAACACAGGGGCGGAAGGCGUUGCUCUGACGCGGUUAGCUGCCAAGAGCAUGAGCUGUAGAACGAGAGCAGUGUAAAAGCAUCUCUCAUUAACUAGUGGCAUCUCCCUAUAUACAGAGAUCUGUAAUUAGGGAGGUGCCAUUUUCAUCGUUAUUAUUGCUUGCGAACACGAAAGAGAUGAGUAUAUAUGAAUCGGAGGAGACAACUGACAUGCAAGCGGAGCCAUGCCCGCCCGUCUCUGAGGGUUGAAGAAAGGGAAGACGUAGUCCCCGUUAUUCUUGGGAGCAUCAACUCCCGGGCGCUGUCGUAGGGAUGCUUGAUCUGCCCGAUUGGGGGGUUUACUCGAUUAAACGCAGUUGCCUUGCUAACGCCUUUGUUUCGUUAUUUUUCAUUUUCUUUGACGUCUGCCCCCAUCCUUCCGUUAAUUUCAACAUCACCGCACCUUAUAUUACAUCUUGAAAUAAUGUCUAACUCUUAGCUAGGCCUAUCAUAUUUUCCGCCAUUGUCCAGAAAGGAAUGAAAUCAACAAAUAUACGAAAGAUAAUAAACGUGGGAUAGGGGCACACUGCACACAACACGCAAACGAGGACUACAUGCAAAAAGAACGAAAAAAGAAAACCCUAAGGGGAAUUACGAAACAUGGUAUGCCAGUAAAACACUCGUCGUGCGAGGUUCUCGGGUGAGUUAACUUGCGCAAACGCACUCUGCAGGCAUGCCUAUAAACAAGGCCAGACAAGACCCGACGUCUAUGACACAGUGCCUCGGCCACGGUGCGCCUUCUGUCAGGGAUAAGUGACGCGCGCGCCUCGACGCAGGCAGCGGUGCUUGCAAUUCGGACAGCUCCGAGUCCGGCCCACGGGUGCUGUCUGCGAAGCCGCGCGAGAGAAAGGAUGGCCACAGCACGCUGACCAGACGGCGGGGAACCGCGCUUGCACUACGUUCAGUAUUUCCAAGCGACAUCGAGCACAUCAGUCUCUCUCGAAUUGCGAAUAUGCCAAAAGAUGCGGCCCACAGUCAACAUUUCGACAGGUAGUCUCGAGCCCUUUGCGCUUUGUCUUCGAUGAAGACGACUCGUGGAAUUACUGGCUGUGGCACCGUUGUCGUUCUUCCAGCAUGAGUUCCAUCUACCCGCAUUUUAUUUUUUUAUUUUUUUUGUGUCCUGAAGAAUGAGCACAUUACGGCAAGUGUUCGAGAUUGGUUGCCCAAAGGAUGCACAUCCUUAAGAGGGACCCUGUGUAGUUGACGGUGAUUAGCUUCGACAUUGAGUGGUUCAUUAACGCGCGCUGUUACAUCGGUACACAGGAACGCUUCCGCGUUCUGUCCUUGUUGCAACACAGACGGCGGGAGUCAAGCCCGAGACCUCGUGUUCGGCUGCAAGGGCGGCUUAGCAGCCACACGGCUAUCGCGGCGGUCCACGCGUAGUUUCACCGAAAUUUGCCGUUCACAUUGCGCAUCCCUCAUAAUGCGCGGACCGGUAUAGAUAGAGAAAUGCCGCGAGCGAACUUCCAGACGUCGGCCGGCGCCUCGAUGUGGGCGCGUGCCCUGUGGCCAUCCCCCUCGUUGCGUGCUGAGCACUAAGCUCAGGCUGAAUGUUCUCUGCGUCAGUAUGUGGAGUCCAGGGCUCCGUUCUCAAUGGGUGUGAUAUAUAAGUGCUAAUAAAUGGUGGACGGUCGUUACACACAUGUGGGUACCACCGCGUCCCGGUGACCCCGUCCUGUGGGCGACAAGCAAGUUCUUCAGAUGUUUACCUGUAGAAAUAAAUGUGCCAUACCCGCUCGCUUACCCUCCUCCCUGUGAAGCCCUUCGCCACUGAUGCCGCCAUAGAGCUUCGUGCAAACUUGCUAGAGGGAAGCGUGACGCUGCAGCUUUUCAACCACCGUGUGUGUAGCAACGCUGGGUAUCGGGUUGGCUCGCGCUGUGCUACGGGUGCCAGUCCUAGUUUCUUUUCACUUCACUUAUCCGGGUUCUUUUUAUAGUCUGAAGGAAUCAAGCCGCUGUCAUAAAAUUAUAUUGUGCGCCCGUUGACGCAACACUGUCACAGAGUUGUGAAAUCACGGUACCGACUAUUACUGUCCGAGGAGAUUUUACAAGAAAUAAACGUCAGCAUAGAUACUUCGCGGUGCUUCACAGCACGCAUGCAUGCUUUUAGUGAACAAUUUUCUUGUUGGAAAAGUACAGCACAGAGCAAUUUUUAGCGACGUGCUGCUGCGGCUUCAUUGCCAGAAGGCGGCAUCUACGCCGUCGUAGUCGCGUCGCGCGCCAAUCCAUCGGCCGAACCACACUCCCAAUCAUAUCCGCACUGAGCGAAUCUCUACCCACGUAGAAACUAUAGCGCCACAUUUCCCUCUAGGUCAAGCUUUAAAAAUCUCUAUGGCCGCUUUCCUUCGAAACAACGACGGUCGUCUCGAUGAUCCACUGCCAGGUUUGCCAGCCCAAGAGUCAUUCGAGCCGGUUGUGUUGCUGUACUGGCUUUUGCAAAUCCAAAAAGAACCAGCACCCUGCAAAACUGUGUGCGUUGACGAAUGGUGGAGUAAAACAAAGAAGGCAAUAAAGAAUGUGGGCACCCA